CCCCGCCGGCGGCUGCGGGAGGCGGCGGCGACGGCGGCGGCGGCUCCGGGUCCCCCCCCCCCAAUAAGGCGGAGAGGAGCGGGGGAUGCCGCAAUGCCUGGACGGAGGGGCCAAGGAGCCCCCCCACGCCCCGCAUAGGAUCUCCUCCUUCUCCAUCCUCGACAUCCUGGAUCCUCAGAAAUUCACCCGGCGCAACCAGGCGGAGGCGGAGGCGGCGGCGGGGGGGAGCCGGGGCGAACAGGAGAAAAGUUUGGCCAGAGUUGAAGUGGGAACGGGAGCUGCUCGCCUGGGGAGCGCCUGGGACAAGCUCCAAGAGGCUGAUGCGGACAGCGGAGCCGAGGCAGCGGCCGAGGAGAGCCCUGGGGCUGCCGGCACGACCCCCGGCCCCGCUCCCGGUCCCGCAGCCCCGGAGGAGCCGGGCUCUCCGCGGGGAGGGAGGAGGCGCCGAGCCGAAGCGAGCUGCUCCAAACCCCGGCGAGCCCGGACGGCUUUCACCUACGAGCAGCUGGUGGCCCUGGAGAACAAAUUCCGAGCCACCCGCUACCUCUCGGUGUGCGAGCGCCUCAACCUGGCUCUGUCGCUCAGCCUCACCGAGACGCAGGUGAAGAUCUGGUUCCAGAACCGCCGCACCAAGUGGAAGAAGCAGCACCCGGCCCCCCCCGACGGCUCGGCCGCCCCAGCGCCCCCCAGCACCGCCGCCACCCGCGGCCCCCCGAGCCCCCCGGUGCGCCCCUCUGUGCCCCCCGGCCGGACUCUGCCCCCCUUCGCCGCCGCCGAGCUCCUCUUCCCGGCCUCCUCGCCCUUCCCGCUGGCCGCCGGCCCUUUCGCCCCCUUUUUGGGGCCCGCGUACCUCGGGCCCUUCUACGGCCCGCACCUCUGAGGUCCUCCACAAAGCGCACCUCGGGGGUGCCACUGUCUCUGGGCUUGCACUCCCAAUGCGCUUGGAGGUGUUGGGAUGGAGCUGGCGAGCCUCUAGCCACGUGCUGGUUCCUCCCAGAGCCUUCGCCAAGUUUCUUUUUAAACCAUUCUUCAUCGUCGGCCCAUGCCUCGGAGCUGGAGAGCCCAGGAGCUGCUGAACUCAUCACCACCACCAGGACCCUGCUGCCUCCCAUCCAGCUCCCAGGGAUGCGAGCGAACGAGCCAAGACGGCCCCAAACCUCAGCUGUUGCCCUCAAACCCGGCGGUGCCCCAUGUGCACGAGGUUUUUUACACCACUUCUCCCGUCGGACCUAAAAACUGCGAGCGGUGGACUCAGCACCCGGCCGAGGAGGGGGUUUUCUUUUGGCCGGAGGGGUAGGGGAGCGCAGCUCCGUGCCAGCGGGCGAGGAGCGCGAGAUCUGCGGGGUCAGUGGGAAGGUUGCUGGGAAGGUUUCGAUUGCUGCUAACACGCGGCACCCCCGCGCCUUUCUUUUCAGCCCAUCCCCGUUGACUUCAAAGGUUUUAGAUGAGACGCCUAGAGAUUGCUCCCCUCGCAGAGAACGGGUGCUGUAGGAACAGCGUUAGCGCCGAAUGAGGCAGAAACGCCAACAUAAAUCAGAGAAAAUGAUUGCAUUAUUCAUUUCUUUAAAAACGGGGCAUUUGUGGUAGAAAAUAAGUGAAACGCAGAAAUCUCCCGCAUGCAGAGACCUAUUUUCCGUAACAGAGAAACACGGGCUUUUCCUUGUUUCCUUUUUGGAGCGUUUCUUAGGAAGGAAAAUCAUAUUUCAUCUUCAUCGUUACAAGCACCGGAAUGAGGAGGAAUUCUGGCUGGGGGCUGAUCCUUCCCCGAGUGGCCGGGAAGUGAUUGGGUUUAAAAAAAAAUCCGUCUCGUGUGGUUUCAUAAAUUAUUGCAACACGCUGCUCCGGAGGGUAUCCCCUCGGUCUCAUGCUGCUUUAAAGUACACAUUGGCUCUCCAACCAAAAAUCUUAGCUCGUAAAUCCUGUCCAUCUCUUCUUGUGUUUGUCUAAAUAAAAAGGUUUGUUUGUUUGUU